UCGGAAUUGACCUUGCUAUGAGUCAUUCGUUGGAAGGCAGAGUCGGGGAUACCGCGCCUGUCUGCCGGUUGUUUGCUAGACGCACUCCGCUUGCCGCCACAAUUUUAUUAAAAGAAUUCGUGUAAAAUAAAUACAACAAUAUUCUCAAAAAAUGCGAGUGUAUAAACGCUGGAAAAAUAAUUAACUUUCCUACUACAUAAAGUUGAUAGAAGUUUGUAAUGUUUUGGUAGUUGUGAAGUUGAUUAACAUGUUAACAACCAUGACGUCAUUCAUAUUACUGAAGACAAACUCUUUUUUGUUGAGGAUGAAUAGAGAGGAUAAUGUUAACUGGUUCCACGGAAAAAUAUCAAGAGAUACUGCAGAAAAACUUCUAAAAGAAGAGGGCGAGGAUGGUGUUUUUUUAGUACGUGAGAGCAAUACCUCACCUGGAGACUAUGUUCUGUCAGUGUUACAUCAGGGAGAGGUAGUUCACUAUCAAAUUCGAAGACAUGGCGAAGAUGCAUUUUUCUCUAUUGAAGAACACACAACAGUUCAUGGGUUGGACACAUUAAUACAGCAUUAUCGUGGAGAUUCUAAUGGCCUGGUCACUCGUCUUUCUGUUGUGUGCAAAGGGCAGCCCCCGCCUCACGAGUCUCGUACUCAAGGGACUACAAAUCUCUUGCAUCGAGCUACUGAAGCCGGUGACUUCAACAUCGUUUCCCAAAUGUUGGCGUGCGGUUACCGAAGCCGCGACGCCAAGAACCAAGACGGGCAGACGGCCGUGCACAUAGCGGCGCGCGCAGGCCGAGACAAUAUUCUGGCUAAACUCAUCGAGAGCGGUGCCACUGUCAACGUGCGCGACUCUUUCGGAUACACACCUUUACAUUACACAUGCCAGAACAACUUGCCGAGCACGACGGAACUAUUAAUAACAAAGGGAAACGCAAACUAUCAGAUGAGGCACGCGCCCACGGGAAAAGUUCCACUGCACGACGCCGCGCAACGUGGACAUAUCGAAUGCAUCAAGGUCCUCCUUAAACUCAAAGCACCAUCACAUCCUAGAACAUUAGCAAAAGACACACCUGCAGACUUAGCAAAGCACUACGGACACACAGAAUGUUAUCAGUUAUUGAAAAACUACACACCGGAUCCUCCACAAACGUCCAAAAGCCUCUGGUACCACGGCACUCUGAAUCGGGACGAAGCAGUGCGCACACUAGAAGAGUACUGUCGACAACGCGGUUUACGUGACCGUCCCUCUGACGGCGUGUACCUAGUGCGGUACAGUGAACGCCACACGGGCGCGUACGUACUCACCAUGCUCAGCGAGAACACGCCGUACAACUUUAUCAUCAGGAAAGAGAGUCACUGGCUUUUCAUAGAUGAUGGACCUUAUCUAGAAUCACUGGAAAGGUUGAUAGAACACUACAGCACUGUCCCUGAUGGCCUGCCGACCCGGCUGAUCACUGCUGUACCGCCAAAACCUAAACCUCCGUUGCCUGAAUUCUCCACAAUGCCGCGGACCAAGAAGUCGUCACCAAGUCGCGUUGCAAUGAACCAGACGCUAUCUUUAGUGAAGCACGACAUUCUGAACGAUGAGAAAAUGUCUAACCCGAGCUCACCUCCAUCUAAUAACAAUGCGUUCGAAUUACUCACGCGGAAUCUUUCCUUCUCAUCCGAUUUUGCAACGGACACAUUGAACAACAAUGAUGAUUCUUCUCAAGAUGACAACGAGACGUACAAAGUGCCGGCCAAUAACGGCGCCGUUGUCUCACUGGCGGAGAAUUACAACGAAAUAUCAAUAAAUUCGGAUGGCCAAUUGUCUACUUUGCAAGAAUUCAUCCCAAUGAGUUCACUGACCUUGGGCGCCGUAUUGGGAGAGGGCGAAUUCGGUUCAGUGCUGCGCGGCACUCUGAACGGAACUCCCGUCGCAGUGAAGACUUUGCACGCGCACCACUCUGCUGCCACCCGGAGGGACUUCCUGUGUGAAGCUAGGCUCAUGGUGUCACUGCGGCACCGUUGCAUCGUGCGUCUGCAGGGCGUCUCCUUGGGUCCUCCGUUGGCGAUGAUUCAAGAGUUGGUACCACUUGGUUCCCUCCUAGAAUACCUGAUCAGGCACCCGGAUAAAGUGUCUCCGGGCUACGAGUUACGUUUAUGGGCAUGUCAGAUCGCGGCCGGCAUGCGGUACUUGGAACGGCGACGAUUCGUGCAUAGAGAUCUAGCUGCCAGAAAUAUUCUACUAGCCAGCAGACAACAAGCCAAAAUCAGCGAUUUCGGUCUAUCCCGUGCGUUAUCCACGGAUAGUUCUUAUUAUAAAGCGCACCACGGAGGCAAAUGGCCCAUAAAGUGGUACGCACCGGAAUCAUACAACUACGGCACCUUUAGCCACGCCAGUGAUGUUUGGAGUUAUGGUGUCACAUUAUGGGAAAUGUUCUCUUAUGGGAAACAACCUUAUGGUGACAUUAGGGGCAUUGAGGCUAUACAAAUAGUGGAGAAUGGCCAACGUCUCGAAAGGCCAGAAAACUGUCCCGAUGAAAUCUACCAAGUGAUGUUGGACUGCUGGGCAUAUAACCCUGAUGCAAGACCGACCUUCAGUAACCUAGUGGAUGUGUUCUCCAGACACCCGGACUAUGUCAAUAUUAGUCAAUUGGCGCUGGAGAACGACGAAGUGAGCUCGUAACUAUUUUACUUCCAAAAAGAUAGAAUAAUAGAUUCUGUGCGGAAAGAGAAUGGGAUUUAGUUUUGAGGGCGCAGUAGUGCUUUUCUACCGUAUUUGUAAGGUUUUACCCCUUUUAGACAUGAUUAAAUACAAAAAACCGCAAGAAAUCAUAACAACAAACAAAUCUGUAUCAGUACAAAACUUGGACGUUUGACAGAUGGCGGCAGGGUUGGAUUGCCAUAUAAAAAUCUUAAUAUUAGUUCCGUUUUUCGCCACGCCCAUUCUCUAUCCGCACAAAUUCUGUCAGAAUACUGUUAUCUGGCAUACCCAAAAUUUUUGUAACUCGAACUACAAUAAUAAUUAUAUAGCUAAAUUAACACUAGAGAAUAAUUACGUAAGCUUGUGAAAUUUUCUCGUGAUAAAAGUUGAUAAAAAUGAACUAAAAAGUCAGUGAAUUUUGGGGUAGAUUACAAAGUAUAAGCCAGAAUCAUUCAUUAUGAGAUUUAUAGAUGCUAAUGUUCAGUACAUACUAGCGCAGAGUCAAAUCGCAUUGAAGCGUCAUCCAGAAAACAGGAACAAAGCAAAUUCACCCCUAUCUGCACAUAUUCCUUCUGAGCUGAUAAUAAUUAGGCGUAUUCGUGCGCGGACUUCUUAUAUCAGAAGGAAUAUGUGCAUUACAUUGCGGUAAUAAGGGUGGCGAAGCUCGAUGGCGCAGGUGGGUAGCACGUUCGGCUACGAUCGUUGAUGUCAAGCAACUUUCGUAGUGGUCGGUCAUUGGAAUGGUGCCCAAAAAUCUUCUACCUCGAGUUCCUCAGUGCUUCGGAAGGCACGUUAAGUCGUUGGUCCCGGCUGCAUCUGCAGUCGUUAGCACCCGCCAAUCCGCACUGGGCCCGCGUGGUGGGUCAUGGCCUAAUUUUCGUAUUCUAUCCAUAUGGAAGGCCUGUGCCCCAGUAGUGGGGACGUUAAUAGGCUGAUGAUGAUGAAUAAGUGGGAAUAUUAUUUGUUACUGUUUUCUGAAUGACGCUUCGAUGCGCUUCGACGUGCGCUAGUAUAAAUUGACCACAAGUGUCCUCCUCCUGAUGGUGGCACUUUACAUGGUUAUUCCCAAAUAUUUGGAAUUUGAUUGCGAUCUUGCAGCUGGAUUUAAUCAGUAUCAGAUCGCCUUGUUUUGCAAUUUUGUGUUUAGAUCCUUACCCCCUUAUUAAUAAACAAAGAAUAAGCUUGGAUAAGUUACUCCAUGUUUUGUCUCUGUCCAUCGAAUGACAAGUGGCAUUUGAGGGAUAUGAACAAAACAGGUCGUAACUAGUCUUAAGCUUAUUCCUCGUUUAUUAAUAAGGGGGUUACAGUUCGAGAAACAUUUACUUACGCUUAAUUAAUUAAUUACACGAAGAAAACCGCUCUAAAUAUUGGGUUUUGUAAACUCAUAAAUACGUUUAUUAUAGUAAAUAAAAUAUCGCAACAUUUUAUCUACGAUAAGAUAUUUGUAAUAAAUUUCAUUCAAUUAUUUUUCUUUCCUCGUACUACACUCAAUGAUUUAAAAUAUAAUGUUCCAGGAUAGAGUAACGAAAGUAAUGGUAAAUCGACCAACCGUAGAUGAUAAUUAUAACUUUAAAUACCUACGCUUCUUGAUGUUUUUAAACUCAAAUACUUAUAUUAAGAUAGGCAGCUAAGAUAUUUUUAGAAGUAGAAAUAUUUUUAUAAGGAUGUAUUGAUGAAUGCAGACAUACCAUGAUGUGCCUGAUUACGUAAUGUUUAUUAUUUUAUUUAUAAUUGUAAAUAUUAUGUGUUAAAUAAGCAAGGAUAAAUUAAUUCGUAAUAAUUUUACGUCAACUAAACGAAGUUUUAUUUUUAAAAGCAAGCUUAUUGUAGAUAGCAUUUUAUGUCCAUUUUUAAAUAUCAUAAAUCUCAAUUAUUAAUUUUAGGUAUUAAAAGAUACUUUAUUUUUCUUCUCCUUAAACUUUUGCACAUUUCCAAUCUUGUGUUCCUUUAUACAACCAAAAUGUAUGUUAAUUUUCUACAGUGUUAUUUUUGGAAUAGAUAUAUAUAUUUACUUUAACAUUCCAAUUUUAAAAUACAAAUUAUUUUUUUACACUGCAUGCAUGGAUAAAAAAAUCACAGGUUUUUUAUAAAUUAAUGGUGAAUAGCAUCGAAUUUCUGGUUGGUUCUAAGUUCUCAUAAAGCCAUUGUCAUGCCAUACUAAAACGUAAAUCAUUUGCCAUUGUGGUUGUGUUAUGAAAUGUACAAAAAAAGUUUAUAUAGUUACCCAAAUUGUUUAUUUUUAAAGAAUUUAUAUUAAAUUCUGUAUGAGUCUGAAUUUUUUUAGAUUAUAUUUUUAAUCGUAAUUUUAUAUUAUUGACAGAUAACUAUGAAAUAUCAAAUGUGAUAACGGUAUUUAAAAAUAUAGCUAUAUUUUACAUUUAUUUUGUUUGAUUUUAUCAAUAAAUCCCUAUGUAACUUAAAACUACACACAAUAUUACACAUUCCAACUCUGUCACAAUCACACACUUAACGACGUCUCUUAUUUAUCUAUAUUUUAUCGAUAACACUGACGAAACUGCGAAAAUAUUUUUGGACUAAAUAAACAAAUCACAAAACAAAGAUCAGUCUGCACUAUUUUGAUAACAACUAUGUCAUAUAUUGAUGCGGCACUCGUGAUAUGGGGGCGGUGGAGUUUCCGCUCUAUCAGGUAAUCGAAUAGCGUCGACCUGUAAUGGAGCCGCUUCUCUCACAAUAGGUACUCCAUACGUCUGAUAUGGCGCAGUGCGAUCAGGCAAAGAUACUUGCCUCCUAAAUGAAGGCGGCGUCUCCAAAUCGGGACUUAUCACGUUAUUCCACAGCAAACCAGCCCUCAUAUCACCAUCUCGACGUAUCUGCGUUCUUCUAUUUUGUCGACGGCGCGGCUGCAAGCAAGUCAGUUGACCACAUUUACAGAACUGCCGCAACCAUAUAUACGUUGCAAUGACGCCAAACGCCAGUCCCAAUUCCAAACCUAAAAUGAACGCUUGGAAGGCUGAAAAUUCCUUAUCGAAUUUCUGGAAUGGAGUCAUAGGCGUAGUGGUCUCGUCGUGACCUAGGUCCGUUGCAGGCUUCGUGAUGUUCCACACGUCGUUGACGUCGACAUCUUCUUUUUCAACAUUUACGACUGAUAUAAUUUUUUCCGACAUAUUGGGCGCCAACUUGUUGCAUUGUUUUUUAUAAGUUACACCAUGGGCAAUUAGCCAGAUUUCCACAGCCAUAAAGUCCGCUGUGCACUUCAAAUAGUCACUUUUUAGUUCUAUUCUUUGCAAUUUGCGUAAGGGAGCGAGAACUUGAGCACUGAACGUUACAACAUAGUUAUCGCUCAAAUCUAACUUUUUCAAAUUCGGCAGUCUUGUGAACAAUCUCUCGGGUAAUGACAUCAUGUGGCAACUAUUUAAAUUUAACAC